GCUCCGCUUCUCCCCUCCCGUCUCCACCUCCUCCCACCCCUCUCUCCCCUCCGCUCCGGGCUCCGGCGGAGGGGGCGAGCUCCGCCGUCGGCGGCCAUGGGCGCGUGGUUCCGCGUGGGGCGGAUCGCCGCCGCCGCUCGAGUCCUCUGGAGAGGUCCCACGCCGGCCUCGGCCCCGUCUGAAGUGCGUGAGCGGCUGGCAGUGGAGACCGUCAAGCUGUUUUCUCCUGGGAUGAACCAGCAAGAUAGGUCCUUCUGGAGCUACCUCAUUGGCUACAACUGUGGCGCCCUGAUCAUCCUUGGCAAUGCUAAUAGAGAACUUGAUCAGAGGGCAAAGGCUCUUGCUGAGGAACGGGAAGCUCUUUGAUGGUGGUUGCUAAUGUUCUUCGAUUACCCUUGCGACGGUGAAAAUGUAUGGUUAUCACCUUUCUUUCACUGAUUCGAACAUGUUCUGUUUCCAUGCAUGGAGGACCAUCCGGGUGCUUGAUCUGCUCUUCCCCUCGGUGCAAAAUGAAAUCUGUAGUGCAAAUUGAUGGAUUAAAAUAUGUGAAGUGUUAAAUGCUGCCCGAUUCAUGUGAGAUUGAAUGUUACUGACUUGGUAUGCGAACUUCAGGAAAUCAUGUCUUUUUGUGGUUCUUUUUUCAUUUACUGGACAUGUUAGGAAGAACAGCUGUGACCGUGCACAUUAUCCUAUAUGUUCAUACUAUGAAUUGGUGAAGUGAAACUUAAAAACUUCCCUUCCAGUUAAGGUGAUUAA